CCAAAUAUAUUGUGCUCUUGUGUAUGUAAAUUAUAAUAUAAACUUCAGAGUUGAUUUAAUACACGGCCCGAUUUAAUAUUAAAGUUUAAAACGGGCUUGGAGAGGCAGUUAUUAGCCUUCUACCGGGGUUGCUUAAAACAUUUGUAUAUAUUUUUUAUUUAUAGACAAGUAUACCGAAAGUAAUAGCAAAUGUUAUAAGGUAUUUUAAUUGUAGCCUAUAUACCCUAUUAGAAAUCAGUCGAUUUUAUUCUUUUUUGAAAUCAUCUUUAACGCCCAGACAGUUAAAUUAAAACCAAUAAAGUUUACAUAUAUAGGCCAUGAUCUAUAAAUGGUACUUAAGGAGGCUAUAAGCUUAUUAAAAAUAUAAGGCGAGCAACAUUAUUGGCUAUAUUCUCCUUAUACCUUAAUACAGACCCAUCUUUGGUAUUUGCACCAUAAUUCUAAGAAUAUGUUUGCGCUAUACCAUCCCAAUGGGUAUAGGUUAAACAUUAACGAGCCAAAAUCAUAGACUUAACAGCGACGUAUGGCGCACACGGAACAAAACAACAGUACAAGAAAUAGGAAAGGAUUCUGCUGCUGGACGUUUUAAACAGGGAACUAACAAACUGCAUUAUGAACGAUAAUGAAGAACCAAGUCGACGUGAACUUGAAGUUAAACUUACUGAAUCACAACCGGUUCCUGCUGAUGAUGAAAUAAACAACGAUGAUGAAACAACUCACUCAACUAGUAAUGAACAUAUUACAACACAUGAGCAGAAUGUGGACACAGUGGAUACUAUUGGUGUCACUUUGGACUACGAACCCCCAACAAGCAACAUCAUUAUCACAACGGACGAACAAUCGUUCAAUAACCCAGAUGAACUGGAACAAACAGAACGACGAUCGCGUACUCACCAACCUAGAAACGAAGUUGGCAUCGUCAGCUUCUAUUCGAGGCAUUGGUUCGGUCAAUGCGUGUCUGGUGUCUUCACAGGCAUUAUAUUCUUAUCUAUUGGAAUCGUUUUCAUAGUCUACUUCCAAAGUCUACCGAUCUAUAUCGGAAUACUCUUCAUACUUGUCAGCAUCCCGCCCUGCUGUAUGGCUGCCAACAGAUACAAGUAUGCAAUGGAACGCCAAAGGAGAUACGAAAGACGACAACGGAGCCGCUUAGCUCGGGAACAAAUACGGGCAGCUUUCGCGCAGUCAGAAGCGAACAGACCAAGCCAGUUACCGAUGGCUGACUUUCCACCUUCUUACAGUAACUUGGCAUUUGACGUUAACGAACAAGAGGACACGUGGACCAAUUGCUCGUCAGAGGUUUUUGACUCAGCUUUGCCAUCGUAUGCAGAUUUUAUUCAAAUGAAAAAGCAAUCGGAGGAAGAAAUUGCCACAGUGGGCGAACAAAAUCAAACUUGUUCACUUACUUCGGAAGAAAGCGGUGAAAAUAGCUCGAACAGGGAAUAGCAACUUUGUGUUUAACUCUUUGCCAGUUCUAUAUUUCGCUCGUUGCUUUUACUUGUACAUAAUAAUUUCUUCUAUUUUCACGUGCGGUACUUUACUUAAUACCGAUACGAGUUCAUGCACUUAAAUUAAUCUACUACACGCCUGAAUGUUUCAAUAUUGCAUUAUCUUACAAUUUUUAUCGUCGUUUGGUGCCUAACUUUUAUUGUUGCCGUCAAUAAAUUUAAAAUCGCGAA